ACCAAUGCAAAUUUUACUGAUACAUAUUUACAUAGGGCGAAAUUCAUCGAUUGUCAGUUAGAUUAUACAAGUUUUCAAAAUGCCUAUACUUUAACGACAGUGUUCGAAAAUGUGAAUUUUACGGGAGCAGUUAUUCCAAAAACAUUUCGUGUUGAGUUUUCUAUAUUGUCGAAUGGUACUCGCGUUGAGGAUUAUCAGACUGAGGACUUUUAUUACCUUGACUAUAGUAAUUUAGUUACAAAUGGUGAUGCUGAAAGCGAAAUCUGUUCAAAUGGCACAAACAUUUUAAACACUAAACCACCUAGUGGAUGGUCAGGAACGGCAAAAGUGGUCGAAUGUGUCGCAGUCAGUGUUAACAGUGAGGGUUGUUGUUUUUGGCUACGUGGCAGCGAUUAUGGAGAACCCUUUGCCAUGUAUCAAGAUCUAAAUAUUACUAUUUAUUUACAACUAAUUGAUUUUAAUAGAGCCGAAUAUAGAUUGGCAGCAGACAUGGAUGCCAAACCAGAGAUUUCUAUAUAUUUUUUGGCAAAUAUCAUGGACAAAUCAUUGAGAGUGGACACAGUGAGCCACGAAUAUGAGGACAGUUUCACAUCAAUAGAGUACGUAGAACGGACAAACAGAAUACCCACAUCAACAAGAGCGAUCACAGUACUGGUAUAUUCCUAUGAUCGUGGCAUAUUAGAUAAUAUACGAUUUAUCAUUGAACAUUCCAAUGAAAGCUAA